AUGCUGUCCCGGCGACCCGGCCUCGGCCUCAACCUGCCGCUGCAGUUCCUCGUCGGCCGCCGCCGCCGCACCAGGGGCCUCAUCCUCUUCCCCGUGCCCAUUGGCGCCACUGAAUCCGUUUACAUCACCAUCCUCCCGUUUGACGGGGCCGCUUUUGGGGCGGUGUCUAAACACCUUGACGAAACCGUCCUGUCCCGAGCUCACCAUGAUGCCCCCGUGGACAUCCACGCAGAAACACACCCCGUCGUGCGCGCCCUCCAUCCGUUGUAUGAUCCCCUUGCUCUUGACGUCCCACAUGACAAUGUCGCCGUCCUCGCUCGCCGAUGCUAUGAACGACUGCUGUCGGCUCUCGUCAUCGUCAGCGGUAUGUUCCUCGCCCCCGUCGUCGCGGUCAGUGAGCACGCCAAAGCACCCCCCGAUUGA